AUGUGUUCUCUUUUUCGUCUUCUCUUUUCACGGCAAAUAUGUCUUCUUCCUCUUCUUCUUCUUCUUCUUCUUCUUCUUCUUCUUCUUGACAACAAAUAUAUAUUUUCUGCCUUUUUUUCUUCAUAUUCAAAUGCACCAUAUCUUUUUUUUCUUUUCCUCAUCUACGUUUUCGUUCUUUUUUCAACAAAAUUCGCAUUCAGGUUUUCAACAGUUACCUACCCCCAUCUCACUUUUCACUUUCUCUCUUUUUCCCUUUUUCAACAGAGCAAAAAAAACAAAAUAUCUAUCUAUCUAUCUAUCUAUCUAUCUAUCUAUCUCAGCCUCUUAAUAUCCAUCUAUUUUAGAUUGUUCCUAUCUAUCUAUCUAUCUAUCUAUCUAUAUUGUUCCUAUCUAUCUAUCUAUCUAUCUAUCUAUCUAUCUAUCUAUCUAUAUUGUUCCUAUCUAUCUAUCUAUCUAUCUAUCUAUCUCAGUCUCUUAAUAUCCAUCUAUUUUAGAUUUCUGUCUGUUUAUCUAUCUAUCUAUCUAUCUAUCUAUCUAUCUAGAGAAAAUAAAAAUAAAUCAAAUAUAAGAUCUAUCUAUCUAUCUAUCUAUCUACUGUCUAUCUUCUGCAAGCUUUUUGGGUGA